AUCUCAGCCCCUCAGCAAGUUUGGUGUGGCUCUCUGGGGCUCAUCAAAAUUGUAGUUGCCUCUGAACUACUUUUGCAAUUUAUCAUACAGCUCAGUCUAUUACUCUUGGAAAUCACAGGCCAUCAGAUGCCAAAUGGUUAUUUUUCUUUUUCAGGCUUCAGAAAGCCCAGUGGUUGAAUCCAGUUCUGAAUUAAGAUCUUAGAAGUCCCAAGAACAUAGUCUACUUCCACCUAUGGUGUAAGUAGGGCCAGGCAAAGUGUAUGAUGCAAAUGCUUCCUGAAGAGGAUAACAAACUGGAGGGAGAACAUGGUGCAAAGUAGGACAUAAGCCUUUCUCCAGUCCUGACCAUCUCCAGACAUAUUUUUUCUUCUGAGUAUUUAUCACCUAACAUUUUGGCAGGAAAUAUGGACUCAGGUAAAAUUCAAGCUGACUUCAAUGGAGAACAUCACAGAAGUGACAGAAUUCAUCCUGCUGGGGUUAACAGAUGACCCCAAUCUUCAGGUUCCUCUCCUCCUGAUAUUUUUAUUCAUCUACAUUGCCACUCUGAUUGGAAAUGGAGGGAUGAUGAUGAUCAUCUUCUCAGACUCCCACCUCCACACUCCCAUGUACUUCUUCCUCAGUAACCUGUCCUUUGUAGAUCUGGGAUACUCAUCAGCUGUAGCUCCCAAGAUGGUGGCUGCACUUCAGUCAGGGAACAAGGUCAUCUCCUAUAAUGGGUGUGCAGCUCAAUUUUUCUUCUUUGUGGGAUUUGCCACUGUUGAGUGCUAUCUUCUGGCCUCCAUGGCUUAUGACCGCCACGCAGCAGUGUGUAGGCCUCUUCAUUACACCACCACCAUGACAACAGGUGUAUGUACCAUCCUGACCAUUGGCUCAUACACCUGUGGCUUCCUCAAUGCAUCCAUCCAUGCUGCAGACACUUUUAAACUCUCUUUCUGUGGUUCUAAUAAGAUCAAUCAUUUUUUCUGUGACAUACCCCCACUCCUGGCCCUUGCAUGCUCCAGUACACACAUCAGUAAGUUGGUUGUCUUUUUUGUUGUGGGAUUCAAUGUCUUUUUCACUCUCUUGGUAAUUAUCAUCUCGUACCUCUUCAUAUACAUUGCCAUUCAAAACAUGAAGUCUUCUGAGGGGCGAAAGAAGGCUUUCUCCACUUGUGUUUCCCACCUUACUGCUGUGUCCAUCUUCUAUGGCACAAUCAUCUUCAUGUACUUGCAGCCCAGUUCUGGUCAGUCCAUGGACACAGACAAAAUAGCUUCUGUAUUCUACACUGUAGUGAUUCCCAUGUUGAACCCCUUGAUCUACAGCCUCAGGAACAGAGAAGUGAAAAGUGCCCUCUGGAAAAUACUCAAAUUUUACCCUAAGUCUUUUUGUGUGAGUAGGAAGUAGACAAGGAAGUAAGGGAUAGAUCGCCUCCU